AUGAUGGAUACAUACUACGGCCACGUACGGACACCUGCGGAUGCCAUCAAGCUCUUCGAAGCUUGCCGUCUCGGUCUACUGCCCCGAGUCCAACGAAGACUUUCGGAGAAGGAGAGACAAUCUAUAAAGUCCGGCUCUGUGUUUGUUUGGGAUGAGCGGGAGGCAGGAAUGAGGAGAUGGACAGAUGGGAAAUCAUGGAGCGCUAGUAGAGUAUCUGGUAGCUUCCUCACAUACCGGGAGAUGGAGGGCAAGAGGGGAGGCGGAUCUUUUGCACAAACACCUAUUCGACGACAAAAUGGAAAGACACCAGACAGUGGAAGGGGCAGCGACGAGGACCAAGAUAUGGACGGAGAGGGACCAGAUGGGUACAGAUACAAGCCAGACGGGUUGAUGAAGCAGUCUUUCAGCAUCACCACAUCGACUGGGCAACACCUGCAUCUCAUCAGCUACUAUUCUCGACCUCACCCCAACUCGCCAGAGCUCCCACAACCAACUAGUGAUCCCCAGCUUCGGCACAUUGUGCCAGUUCAGGGAAUGUAUCCGGAAUCAACUGUACACGAAGCUCAAGGGCCCGCAGUCACCAGAGCACCAAUGCAACCCCAACAUCACCAGCAAAAUCCGUACAUGCAAUCACCACACAUGCAACAACCAUCUCCAGGUCACAGAGGUCAAGCCUACCAGUACCCUGUGUCCCAAGGUUACGCGUGGCCUCCAUCGCCAAUGUCAACGCCACCCUUUGCCCAAUAUUCUGCCCCUAUGUACGGCUCAUCACUUCCACCUCCACCCCCUGGAUCCGCUCAUAACUCACCAUAUCAGCACCAUAAACACAGCCCUCAUCAAUCGAAUGGUAUGCCUUUACAGCAAACUGUGUACGAUAGACCUCCGCCACAAAUGUCUGACUCCUCUCUCCCUCCACCACCUCCUCCACCCGGACACCGAGGCAUGAGCACGGCGACUGCAAUCAAUACAAUGCCAUCAUACCAACCAAAUCCAAGUCCUCAAAUUGCCUCGGCAAGAUUGGUUGCGGAGCAACAAGCUCAGAUUGCUCAGCGUGCUUUGAGUGCAGGUGCGCCCUUGAUCGAUCCUCGCAUUACAGGCGAGCAAUCAUUUCCACACGCCCAAAUGAACGCUGCCCAACGGACUUCGACGCCACCUCAAAAUGGCAACACGUCGCGAACCAACACUCCCACAUCAUCAGGUGAUUCGCCACGGGAUACUACUCCCAAGCUAAAUGGGACAGCACAGGCACAGAGCAUUCCUAGUAUUUCAAGCUUGGUUCACGCUACUGAUUCCGUGAGCGUCAUGACCGAUAACAAGAGCAACAGCAGCCGCGCUGGAAGCAAGAGUCCAAAAGAGGGUGGCGACAACCAAAAGCCAAAGGACAUUCCGCAUGAUAAGUUGAACAUCAUUGGCGAAGACAAGAGAGCUAUUCGAGUUUUAGACCGCAAGUUCUACAUUUGA